AUGGGGAACCAACAACGGGUGUAUUCUCCCUUGGAAUUUAUAAACUGCAGUGAGGAAGACAAUUCUGGCAAUCUGAAAAAGAAGGCCAGAAUAGACGCUCCCCACAGAAGUAGUCCCUUACGGCCCACUGUUGCAGUUAGUGGAGACACUGGAGAGCCUCCUGGUGAUGAUAAUUCGGCUUCAUCUAAGGAUGAGAAAGUAAGAGAGAGUGAGAGUGAGCCAGAAGAAGGUGAGCUCACAGACUCUCAGAACGAGGGUAGUUAUGAUGAAGAUAGUACUAGUGAGCACGAGGAGUCAGUGGAAGAAGAGGAGGGUGAAGAUGAAGAAAAGAUUGGCUCCCCGCCCCGUAUUUGUGUGAUUGUUAUUAGAUCUCCAGUGUUACAGACGGGCUCGCUGUUUAUCAUCACAGCUGUCAACCCAGCCACCAUUGGGAGAGAAAAGGAUAUGGAGCAUACUUUCCGAAUCCCUGAAGUUGGUGUCAGUAAGUUUCACACAGAAAUUUAUUUUGACCAUGACCUGCAAAGCUACGUCCUUGUGGAUCAGGGCAGCCAGAACGGUACCAUUGUCAAUAGGAAGCAGAUUCUUCAGCCCAAAACUAAAAGUGACCCUUACGUCCAUGAACACGGUGAUGAGGUGAGGAUCGGGGAGAUUGUGUUGUCUUUUCACAUCCACCUUGGCAGCGAGACCUUCCACGGCUGUGAGACAGGGCAGGUCAGAGCUCACCUGCUCGACAGGAAAGAUAAGCCUUUUGUUGGUACAGCAUUAAGUAAGGAGGAAAAGGAGUUGGAAAGGAGAAAAGCACUCAAGAAAAUACGGGUGAAGUACGGUCUGCAGAACACGGAAUAUGAAGGUGAAAAAGUGUUGAAGAAUCCAAAAUAUAAAGACAGAGCUGGAAAACGCAGAGAGCAGGUUGGAAGCGAAGGGCCUUUCCAGAGAGAUGAUGCCCCUGCAUUUGUUCACUCUGAAAUCACAGAUAUCAACAGAGGCCGGAAGAUGCUGGAGAAGAAGGGCUGGAAAGAGGGAGAAGGCCUGGGAAAGGACAGUGGAGGGAUGAAAACCCUGAUCCAGUUUCAGCUCCGACGGACACAUGCAGGCUUGGGGACAGGGAAACCGCCCUCUGUUGAUGACCUUCACGUUCUCCAGAAUAAGAGCAAGAAAAACUGGGACAAAGCGAGAGGGAGGUUUGCAGAAAACUUCUCAGAAACUAAACCUCUGAAAGAUGCAGCAGGGGCCACGCCGUGGGUUGAACGGGUCUGCAGAAUGAAGUCUGUCACAGGAAAAACUGGAGCUUUGAAAAGAGAAGAGUUUGAAAACUGUCAUUGUACAACUUGGGUCUCAAAAAGUCAGUAA